UCUUUUCUUUCUUUUUUUAGUUAUCUCCCGUGGUUUGAAGUCUUUUAUAAACUGCUGAAUAUUCUGGCAGACUACACAGUGAAGGGCCAGGACAGCCAAAGAUGUGAACUUUUGCAGACGCUUUAUAAACUACCGAUUCCCGAGCCAGCUUCUUCGAUUCAUCUCAGCGUGCAUUCUUACUUUACGGUGCCCGACACCAGGGAACUUCCCAGCAUCCCCGAAAAUAGAAAUCUGACCGAGUAUUUUGUAGCCGUGGACGUCAACAACAUGUUGCAUUUGUACGCCAGCAUGCUCUACGAACGCCGCAUUCUCAUCUGCUGCAGUAAAUUGAGCACGUUAACUGCCUGCGUCCACGGCUCGGCCUCCUUGCUUUACCCAAUGUUUUGGCAACACGUUUACAUCCCGGUCCUCCCUCCUCAUCUCUUGGACUACUGCUGCGCUCCGAUGCCCUACCUCAUAGGAAUUCAUUUGAGCCUGAUAGAGAAAGUCAGAACUAUUUCUCUGGAUGAUGUGGUCAUCCUAAAUGUGGACACCAACACACUGGAAACCCCUUUUGACGAUCUACAAAGCCUCCCGAAUGAUGUAAUCUCCGCACUGAAAAGCCGGUUGAAGAAGGUCUCCAUGACGACAGGAGAUGGGGUCGCCAGAGCGUUCCUGAAAGCCCAAGCUGCAUUUUUCGGGAGCUAUCGAAACGCCCUGAAGAUUGAGCCGGAAGAGCCCAUCACUUUCUGCGAAGAAACCUUCGUUUCCCACCGGUCGGCCACCAUGCGACAAUUCCUGCAGAACGCCAUCCAGCUGCAGCUUUUCAAGCAGUUCAUCGAUGGUCGUCUUGAUCUUCUCAACUCUGGAGAAGGCUUCAGUGAUGUCUUUGAGGAAGAGAUCAACCUCGGCGAAUAUGCCGGGAGUGCCAAGCUUUACCAUCAGUGGCUGUCCACUGUCCGGAAAGGAAGUGGGGCCAUUUUAAAUACCGUGAAGACCAAGGCAAAUCCUGCUAUGAAGACAGUCUACAAAUUUGCAAAAGAUCAUGCAAAAAUGGGAAUAAGGGAGGUGAAAAUUCGCUUGAAGCAAAAGGACAUCAGUGAAAAUGGCUGUUCGGCCAUGCCAGAAGAGCCGACCUCAAGGAUGGCGCCGUCUCCCUUGGCUGAAAAGAGGGACCCCAAACUCCGAGAUGACAGACGACCCAUCACCGUUCAUUUUGGCCAGCCAAGGGCACGACCGGUGAGACCGCCACUUCCCAAGAUCCAUCGCUCUGCCAGGCCCGUUCGGCCGCCCAGACCCCAAGUGGUGCGAAGACCCAAAGGCAACGUAGCUGCGGACGGUCGAAGGACAUCUGUCUCCAGCCCGGAACACCUGGUCAAGCCCACGCGCCACUAUACGGUCUUCCUGUUGGAGGAUUCCUCGGGCGAUGAGCUUCCUCAGGAAGAUGGGCCUGUCUCUGCCUUCUCUGACAGUUUUCUCUUCUCUGCUCCUUUUGAAUGGCCUCAGCCGUAUCGAGCUCUGAAGGAAUCCGACAGUGGCGAUGGAGAAGAAGGCAUCAGUCCCGAGAAAUUCCAAGAUGACAACCAGGUUGACCCAACCACUCCAGAAAGUCCUGCAGAUAUUAGUCUUCUGGAAGACAUUUUUACAGGACUGGAGGUGGUAACAACGCAGCCACAACUGCUCAGCCAAGCAAGGAGCUUAGAAGAUCUGAGGAUUUCCAAAGAAGAAGUAGAAGACCAACAGUGCUCCUUUGAUUAUCAGCGGAUGGACCUUGGUUUUGCUGAAAAGAGCUGGACCACCCCAGGGAUGAAGCUUUCUCACCCUUAUAAGCAGUUCUGGGGCCUAGGCCAUGACGACAUGGCCCUUUCCACAAAGUACUCUCCGAAAUCUCCAGAGAGACCACUGAGGAAUGUGCCUCCUGUCCCAAGGAGACCACAGAGCAGAGACGCCAUUCUGGACCUUCCCGAGAAGGAAGUUGGAAGUUCUCCUGCUGCCCAAGGGAAUAUCACCAUCCCGCGACCACAGGGAAGGAAGACGCCAGAGCUGGGCAUUGUUCCACCGCCUCCUCCACCCCGGCUUUCCAAGCAGCAGGCACCCCCAGAAGCUGCCCCUUGCCUUGCAGGGCCUGGCAACCUGACCUCUGAGCUUCUGCAGGAGACCUUUGCAGCCAGAAACAUCUCUCUGGACCAGCAACUGGCUGAUUUUGCUCCUCACCAAGUCCAGCUUUCAUCCACUGCCAUCACUGAAGGAGAACUGCUCCAACCAGUCAAGAUCAACGCAGAGGACAAGAGUGGAGACAGUGACUCUCUCCUUGCUCUUCUCGAUCCACUGAAGUCAGGAGAAGGUGCCCAAGAUGCCCGCUUUCUGUCAGGCUCCAGAAGCCAGCUAGGUUCUUCAUCUCCCAGCCCUGCCGGCAGCUUCCCAUCCACAGGAGAAGACCUCAUGCCCUCUACAUCAGCACCCUUCCGUCAACUUCUGGGAUACCCUCCCUCGGUGACGCCGUUUGGUCAACCGUCUCUCAACCCCUUUGUACAGGCCGUGCCGACGCCGCUGCCGCUCACCCUAGUCAGGCCCCCGGGCGGCCCGUUUGCUCCCUCAUUGGGCCACGCUUACAGUUCCAGCUACAUCACGUCCAACUCCAGCUUCUUCCAGCCCCAGAGGCCUCCCCUCAACCCGCUGACCCUCUCCAUGCCCAACCUCUUCGCCAAAUCUCCCUCAGCCCCACCGCCAGCUCAGCUUCCUGUCCAGAGUGGCGUCCUUCGACCAACGCAGCCCAGUGGUCCUUCUAAGAUCCGGACAUUGCCUCUUACUCAUUCUGCGGUCAAGACAAGGCUGGCCGCGAGGCCCAGCAACCUCCCGCUACUUCCCCCCAAGACCAAGGUUGGAGAACCUGCCUUGUGUCCUUCUAAGACUCAGCUGGCUAAAGACCCCUUUGAAGACUUGUUAAAUAAAACCAAGCAGGAAGUCUCGGUCACGCCCGGUAAAGUCGAGCAGUUAAGAAAGCAAUGGGAAACGUUCGAGUGAGUCCAGUUGGCGUCCGAGACUCCUGGGUGUUGGGUCAAUAUAAAGAGCAGUAUUUCCCCAAGCAAAGAAAGGUCAACCGGCUGGCACUGCUUUCUCUCUAUUAGGAGGAAGACUUGGCUAAGCCCUGAAUAGGAACAAGGAGACCCCCCUUCUUCACCUUUUCGCCCGCCACCAUCAUUGGAAAGGUGAUCUGGGCACCUUGACGUUCUUCCAACUUUUCCUCAAGAUAAGUAGACCAUGGAUAAGGUCAAUCCUGAUCUCUUCUUGGCCAACCUUGCAUCCCCAUAAUCAUGAGCCUGUCACAUUCCCAGGUGAGCACAUGCCUCCCUACCAGAUAUUUUGAGCCUAGAUGCCCAAGCCACGUUGAUCACAAUCUGAACCCUUUCCGUUCAUUUUGUGGUACCUUCUCCGACGUACGUUUAGCCGGCAUGGGUUCAAGGCCCCGUGCUCUCCUCCAACUCCCUUCCCGGUCCCUCCAAUCUCUUACGCACAAUAGUCCCCUUUGCUAAGGCACCCCUUUCACGCUCCGGGGUUAGCGUUCACGGGGUUAGCACCACACCACUUUUCACGGAAGCGAUGACACGUCUCUUCGUACCUAUCCACAAAUUGGCACUACCAGCAGUUGUUAACCUUUUUUUUAGAGCAAGACACGUGAUUGUGGUGUCCCCAAGUCACUGUGCUGAUGUUACACGAACCUGUAUGUGUCUAGUUAUCGAAGUGUUACUUGGUGGCUUCCUUCCCCAGCCAGAUGGGAGGAGGAUGGUCCCUCCAAUAUCCUAGUCUAGUAUGAAAGGUGUGGAUGGAUGGACAGCAGCAUCCAUCUGCUGCGUGAUGGAACAGGGAUGGUGUCGGUAGGACGGCGGUGAUAGACACAAUUUGUUAAAAUGACUUUCAGCCCUGGUUUAAUUGGCUUUGGUCUUCAUAACCUGAAAGCCAGAAGACUUCUACCUGCGUGGUCUUAUUUCUCAACUCCUGCUGAAGACCCAAGUUUUCCAUCUAGGAUGUUUCGGGAGAUAAAAGGACCACCACGCCUCAAAAUUCAGACCUGUUCAAGGACCUCUUGGUACCCCUGCCUCUCUUUCUUUUCCUCACUUAAAUUUGGGAGGGGUUUAAAAAACAAAACUUGGGCAAUUUGUUGUUAUUUUAAUCAGUUGUCGUGUGGGAAUUAGGCUAGCCAAUUGUCUAUGUCCACAAGAACUCACUGUGUAACAAAACGUGAGAAGUCACUCUUCAACGCCAUCUCUUUUGCUUUUUCGACGGGUUUCCCUCCCGUUUCUAUCACCCUUUUGAGAUUUUUCCUACCAGCUGAAGAGUUAGUUUGGCUUCCAUCUCCACACCUAAGCCUGUAGAUCCCAAGAACAUGGUUGAUUUCCUCCAAACAAUGGGGACACCCACCUGUAGAUCUUCUGUCGGCCUCGUGUGACGCCUCUGUCCAAAACCGCUGCAUUUGACAAGGCUCUUUCCAUGUUUUUGUAUGAUCACUUUUCCUGGGGGUGGGGGAAGGAAUAUGUUUUUGAUAUUACCUACUUCUGGAUAGUAAAAUAUUUAAAGCCCA